UCAUAUGACAUCAUCCCCAAGAUUCAGUGACAAGAGGAGGAGAGAUUCUGGCCGAGGGUGACAGAGACCUCUCCCUCCUUGUCCUCUUUCCCAUCUUGGGAGGUUCAUGUAAGCAACCUCCACUCGCUCUCCAAACAUGCAUCCCUCUGGAGCGCUGUGGUGUGAGGUGUGAGCUCUCACAGCUCUCCAGACGAGUGGAAAGGGGAUCCAGGAGAGUGGAAGACGAUCUUAACUUCUGUAAAGGCUGUUCUCUUCCAAUAAACAGGUGACCCGUUUGCAUCCUCUUAACAGAUAUCACAUUUCCUCCCCAGACAUGGAGUCCAAAAAAGAUGGUGGAUCAGCAUCGGUAACAAGUGAAGAACUGGCAGCUAUUGAGGAUGAAGAUGUUCUCAACAAGAUGCUGGACAAUGCCGCAGAUUUUGAAGAGAGGCGAAUGAUUCGUACCGCAUUGAGGGACCUAAUGAAGAAAAAGAGAGAUAAACGGGAGCAGGAGAGAGGGUCCAGGCAGCAGGACUUGAGGCAGCAGGGUCUGAGCAAAGGAGGGACGACAGGCGGAGCUGUUAGUGUAGGCAGAGCGUCCAUGCACCAGCAGCCACCAACGAACAAGGCGUCAAGCCAGCCUUCUCCAUCAGCCUCCACGCCUUCAAACAGGACAGCAGGCGGUCAGGCCAGUCCCUCCUCUGCUGCCUCAGCCCAGAAAUGUCCUCCUGCUGCAGCACCCAACGCUAAGAAUGUCAAACAGAUGCUUCUUGACUGGUGCAGGGCCAAAACAGAGCCUUAUGAGGGGGUGAACAUCCAGAACUUCUCCUCAAGUUGGAGAGACGGCAUAGCCUUCUGCGCCCUAGUGCACCGGUUCUUUCCUGAUGCAUUUGAGUACUCCAUCCUCAACCCCAACAAGCCCAGGGAAAACUUUUUGCUGGCUUUCAGUACUGCAGAGAGGCUGGCUGGCUGCCCCCCUCUGCUGGACGCUGAUGACUUAGUCCGGAUGAAAGAGCCCGACUGGAAGUGUGUGUACACGUACAUCCAGGAGUUCUACCGCUCCCUGGUGGAGAAAGGCCUGGUCAAAACCAAAAAAAGAGCAUAGACUCUCUGAGAAGUCAGACAGCUUCUCUGAUGGCUGUGACUUCGGUUGUUCAGUAUUUAACCACAAGAAGCAUGAGAUGAAGAAAAAACAUAAUACUAUACACUUUUUUCAGCUACAGUGUUUGAUGUGUCUGGUUGCUGCAUCAUGUGAUUGUAAAUGCACAGCACCUAAUGUGCAGUAUCUGUGUUAGCAGGGACUCAUGGGUGUCCAUGUGCUCUCUGCGGACAGCUGGUGCUUAGGAUCAGUACAUUCCUCUGAGAUUACACAUCUGCAUUAAUCCCAGUCAGAGCCAUAGAGAAGCUGGGAACGCUUUUUAUGAUGCUGCUGUUCAAGGCCUGAGUGUGUGAGUAUUAAAGACACAGUUAAUAAACACCCAUUCCAUUAUACAUGCUGUUGUUACCUAACUAUGACAAGUAGUCAAACCAAUUUGUCCAAAGAAUUAUUCCUGCUUAUAUAAGGGACUUUACUUUGAAGUUUCCAACAACAACUUUGCUAUAAAUGGAUCAGAUCUCUGUAGUGUGAAGGUUUGGCGUACACAGUCAAAGCGCCACUGAUUUUACACAUGACGUUCAGUAUGCUGGUUAUAAAAUGUACUAUGCUUAGCCUGUAUGAUGUCACAUGCAAUGCUGAUAAUGUCUAUGCUGCCAUAUAAACUAUCUAUCUAA